UUUGUUCACCAAUCCUCCCCCUUGAGUCCAACACACACUUUGUGAAUCUAUUGUUAAUACUAUCACUAAAGCUUCGGCUGCUACUGAUGAUAUUGAUCGUAAGCAAGCCUUGAGUAAGCUAGUGAGGUUUACAGAGACAUUGGAAGCAGGUCACUGCCUGAAAUGAGUGACAACCUUGCUAGACAACUCUACUGGCCCAGGGCUAGUGUUGGUGGACGUGACCAAGAAGUGCUUGAGCUGCUACAGAGAGGAGCUCCACCCAACAGUGACUACUACACUAGAGAGCAGAAUGGACACACUCCACUACACAAUGCAUGUGCUCGUAACCAUCCCCACAGUGCAAAACUACUCAUAAAGUUUGGAGCCAUUGUAGCUGCUACAGCUAACGAUGACUGGACCUCCUUACACUGGGCAUGUCUUAACAACAGUAAGGACACUGCUAAGCUGUUACUGGAGCACCACUGUCCCACAGACAUUAAGAACAGUAGUGGACGCACUGCUGCUGAUAUGGCCAGACAGUGUAUGUACCUUGCCUUGGCUAACUAUUUGGAGGGAUUCCAGCCUGGACCUAUAGAUCCUCUGUCCUCAUACCCAACACUGGAACAGCUGAGUCAGCUGGAAUGUGACCAAUGGCUUCAACUUGGUGCUCGGUUGGGAUUGGGCAAUUACCGCCAACUGGAAACCAUAAAGAAGAGCCAACAUCCCACAGCAACAACUCUCCAGGCAGCCAAAGUCAAUAGUCUUGACAUGCAUUGGAAGGAUAUUGUGGAAGCUCUAGUGAGCAUUGGAGAGUACAAGUUUGGAGAGUACAAGUUGGCAGAGAGUGUGUGCACUCAGCAAGGGGAAGGUGAGAGUGCUCUGUCAGUGAGUGCAUUCUAUGGCCGGCUGGACUGUGUCAAGCAUCUUGUGGAAAUUGUCGGCCUCAAUCCAAAAAGUACAGUCAACAAGCCUGGUGACACCCCACUCUCUCUGGCCUGUGCCAAUGGCCACUUGGAUACAGUUAAGUACCUUGUGAACGAGCAUCAUUGUGAUCCUAGAGAGCCAGUAAACAAGGCUGGUAACACCCCACUCUCUUUGGCCUGUGCUAAUGGCCACUUGGACACAAUCAAGUACCUUGUGAACGAGCGUCAUUGUGAUCCUAGAAAUACAGUCAACAAGGCUGGUGACACCCUACUCUCUCUGGCUUGUGCUAAUGGCCACUUGGACAUUAUCAAGUACCUUGUGAACGAGCGUCAUUGUGAUCCUAGAAAGCCAGUCAACAAGGCUGGUGACACCCUACUCUCUCUGGCCUGUGCCAAUGGCCACUUGGACACAGUCAAGUACCUUGUAAACAAGCAUCAUUGUGAUCCUAAAAAGCCAGUCAACAAGGCUGGUAACACCCCACUCUCUCUGGCCUGUGCUAAUGGCCACUUGGACACAGUCAAGUACCUUGUGAACGAGCAUCAUUGUGAUCCUAGAAGUACAGUCAACAAGGCUGGUGACACCCCACUCUCUCUGGCCUACAAAGGUGGACACUGGGAAGUGGUCAAGUAUCUCGCCAUCACACAUCACUGUGAUACAACAAGUGUCCUCUUGCUAGCAGUAAAGCAUGAGCAAGAUUUGACAGUGAAACGUCUACUGGCAGAAUGCCACAGCAAUCCAAAUUUGACUGACAAAGAAGGCAAGACACCUCUCGAUUUAGCCAACAACCCUGAGAUUAUAAAGCUCCUGUUGAAACACGGAGCCAAAACUGCCAAUGUCUACAAGAAACACAGCAAGCUCAUCGGAAAGCUCUCCUCCGAGCGACCUCCACACCUUCCUCUGUCUGUGCUCAUCAUUGGCGACGGUGGCGUGGGGAAGAGCACUCUGUUGAAGUCCAUUUGGAGCUCAAAAGGAUUUGGUCCAAAUUCCAGAAGACAAAACCCGUAAAUUGUGUCCAUACGAACACAGUGGGGAUCAUACCGUACGAAAUAUACACCAAAGAAUUUGGGAGAAUCAUUUACUUUGAUCUUGCUGGCCAGAAAGAGUUUUACACGAGCCACUGUGCCAUUCUAGAGAAUGCUGUUCAAACCUCACCACCCAUUAUUAUCCUCUGUGCUAAGCUUGUAGAAAGUGAGCAGGCGAUUAUUGAUUCCAUGAAUCGUUGGUUGACCCUCGUCCAAAACCAGUGCAUUAAUCUGAAAAGCAAAGCACACGUGAUAGUAGUUGGUAGCCAUGCCGACCAGGUGAAGGAAAUGGGAAAAGAUCCACGAGCCAAAGAGAACAUCUUUGCUCCCAUUAUCAAGCAAUUUUCGAAGUUUGAGUUCACAGGGUUUAUUCCAAUGGAUUGUCGCUUUGCUGAUUCGGGAGGCAUGAAUACAGUUAGAAAACAUAUCCAGAAAAGCUCUGCUAUUCUCCACUCUCCAGAACCCAUCAGCCUAAAUGCUCACACAUUUUACAUCUACCUUGCUGAAAGCUUCAAAAAUGACCUUGCAGUUUCACUGAAGGUUGUUCAAAAACGAAUACACAGCGAUCUAGAGCAAACACACAAGUCAGAAAAAAUGGCAGACAUUCUUUCCUUCAUUCCGACCACCCUCAACCGUCUAGUUGAUAUCUGUGACCAGCUAAGCAAAACGGGUCUGCUGUUGUUUCUUCACAAUGAAUCCUCUCCUGAAAAGUCCUUUCUGAUUUGUGAUUCCAAAAAAUUGCUGUCUGUUGUCACUGGGACAGUGUUUGCUCCUAAAAAGUUCCGUCAGCACUGCAAUCUCGCCUCAAGCACUGGAGUAGUGCCUUUUUCCAAGUUUGCCAAAGCGUUUAAGAGCUACGACAUUGAAAUGCUGAUUGUUUUCAUGACACUUUUAGAGCUGUGCUUUGAGAUCAAGGACAAGCAAGUUCUAGAGUAUAUUCAGAAGAUGGAGCUAGACCUAGACAACACUCGCUACGUCUUCUUUCCCGGGCUCAUUAGGAUAGAAACUCCCGAGCGUGUGUGGGAGGAAGACUCUUCCAUGAGCUACCACUUUGGCUGGAUAAUUGAAUGUGCUAAAGACGUCCAAUUUUUUGAUCUACAGAGUUUUCAGAUUAUCAUUCUGAGGUUAGUGUUCACUUUUUGUCUUGCUCCUUUCGAAAAGAUCACCACAAAAAACCCUGCCCUUCAAAAGUGCUGCUCUGUGUGGAAGAGUGGGAUCUGCUGGUGCCAUGAUGAUGAGAUUACCGCACACCUCGAGCUUCGUAACAAUAAGUCUAUCACUCUUAAAAUGCGAUCUGAAGUUCUUACACCUGAGAGCCUAGCCAAUCGCUCUAAGAUAGUCAGUAAAAUUCUCGAAACUAUGAAAGAUGUUUGUCCCAAUAUUGUGGUUGUGGAAUCACUGAUCAAUCCACUGGAAGUUGUCAAUCAUCCUCUAAACCCUUCCUCAGAGCUCAUGCUGUUUAGAGUUAGACAUCUUGCUACAGCUGUCAUCUCUCAAAAAAAAGCUGUGAGAUCAGUUAUUGAUCACCCUCUUCCUCUGAAACGCCUUCUCCAGUUUGAGCCAUAUGCUGGUUUGGACCUCAACACUCUACAGUGUAUUCACAGUGACAAAAAUUUCAAGAAAGACGAAAAAAUUUUAGAUGUCUUCAUUUCUCAUUUCGCUAGUCAAAUUUCAGAUCUAAACAGUAUUCUCAUGUACAGAAUAAUCUUGAGCCAAUCUAAUGUCAACAUUGAGUUGGUCAGUCCCAGAAAGGAGGUGGUCCAGGCCCUUGAGACGUGGAGGAGUGAGACUGAGGGAACUUACAGCUGUCUGAGGGAGACUCUCAACAAGUACAGCGUUUUCACUGGGAGAAACCCUCUGGACCUAGCUGGUGUGGCUCACGAUGAUAUUGAUCCCUCUGUGUUUAGGUGAUGACCAAAAGGAUCCAGGGAUUACCAGUCUCCAUGAGUUGAUGUGGUCAAGCAUGGAGUCACUGAUGAGCAGUUGGAUAGAGAGAUUCAACAAGACGACCUUGCUCCAGUAGCUAUGCACUUUGAUGAUGUGGAGCUCCACCUCAACCCACUGAAGUUGACUGCCAGUGAACAAGCUGACGUGAGGCGAGAGAAUUAUAUAAGUAGAAGCAAUCAAGUGGCAGUGCAUGAUCAACUGUUUGUUUAUCUGGAGGGGUCAUGAACCCAGCGAGGCAACCUUUAGAGCACUGAUUAGGAUCUUAUUGGAUCUGAGGAAGGAAGAGCUCGCUACCAAGAUCUGUCAAUACUUGAAAGAAAAGGUGUAUCUAUACUGUACACACAGUGACAUGCAGUAUUCAAACAUAAUUAUUUGACAUUUGAGCUUGACUGUAUAUAUAAUUAUACAUGUUGUGUACAGUGUGCUAGUUCAGCCCAUGCUUAAUUAUAAUCAGGGAAUUCAUAUACUGCAUAAUUAUGCUUGAGUUAUACGUAUACUUUCUUUACAUGCAGUCCCAGUGAUCUAUGAGUGCUGACGUAAAGCUAUGCAGUAGGACUCUUGUUCUGAAUUGAACAUUUUUGUUUGAAUUCUGUUUCAAUUUUGAGCCCCAGGUAGUGGAAUAUAGUUUGUUUAACUCUUGUUGCAUUAAGGAUCUUUACCUAAACAAACUAUAAAUUGGGGAAAGGUCAUCGUUAGAACAUUAUAUUGUUUGCGAAAUAUGGUUUUCAUUACUUCUUGCACAAUUAUGUUACCCUCAAAUAGUCACUAGACCCAAAGUCUGUACCAAUGUUCAUAACUGGCAAACAAUACAAGACACACAAUACGCUGCUAUAAACAUGGUUUUGCAAUAAUAUAAACAGGUCAGGAACUAUAGUCAGUUAACUUGAACUGAAUCAUCUCUUUUAGGUAUCACUUCUGGUGUUUUCUCUUUAGCCACCUUUCGUUUAUUCCACCACCACAGUAUAAGUGGGAACAAAGC